AUGGGAGUGAAUUUUCAGGGGCUGGGGAUUUGUUGUCGGAAACCCCGCCCCGGUCCCUUGCUUUACCUGUGCCUCAGGUUGGCUCAAGGGGGGGAGGACGCUCAGGUAGGCAACGUUUAGGGAAGCGGGCCAGGGGAUCGACUCCUGCCAGGGCAAUUUUGCCAGCUUAGUCCUCCCCUGUUUUACCAUCGGGUGCGGGUCUCUCACAUGAUUUUUCUAUUCAGUCUACCUCAGGGGCCGCACAAGUUGAGGCAGAUGCGGACUCUUCAAUAGAGGACAGCUUGCCUGUUCCAGCAAAAUCUUCUUCUGGGGGGCAUCGCCACCGUAAAAAGAGUUCCAGAAGACGUGCCAAGAGGAGGAGGGGCGAGUCUUCAUCUUCUUCCACAGGUACAUCUUCUGGGAGUUCAGGGGACGAGGCUGACGCAUCCCUGGGUCUUUAUUGGGGUUUUGGAGAACCCAUUGGUGGUUUGCCAAAAUGGGCAUGGCAACGCAGGGCUAAUUCACAUAGGGCCAGGUAUGGGGCAAUCCUUGAUUGCUGCGAUGGUAGAUUGGUUCCUGACGUAAAGGUCUCUACUAACUCUGUUAGAGACAUUAUACCAGGGGCUCAUUUGUCCUCUAAAUUGCGGUCCAGGAUUUUGGAUGGCCGCUAUGUGGACAUUUUUGACCUGGCACCACCAACCGCAAGCCUGGAUGCUCUUGAUAAAGCCAUAUCUGCCCCAAAGAGGCAGACUGCGCUUAAAAAGUCGGAUAGGACUUUUGAGCGCUGGCUGGAUAGCUUCCAGGUCUUUGCUGGGGUUGUCUCGGCUUCUUAUCCUCGGAGGGCUUUGUAUCUCUUUGUGUACCUGUCUAUUGUCCGCUCGGCGCACGCCAUGGCUGGCGCUGAGGCAGCAAUCCUUUACGAUGAAAAUUUUCGACGUCGCGCUGGAAAAAUCCCUACGGCUCGAUGGGACCGCAGGGAUUUGGACGUGUGGACCACUUACGUGGUCCCACAUUUUGAGAGGAAGGCCCUGGAACAGCCCAAGCAUAAGGCAGCCCCUGUUCAGCCUGGGCGUAAGAGAAUCUGUUGGGAUUUCAACAAAGGAGAGUGCCAACGACAGCCUUGCAAAUAUCCCCAUGUGUGUGAUACGUGUGGCGGGAGUCACCCCGCUACCAAUUGUCAGGGGGGUAAGCGGCCCUUUCGAGGGGGGAAAGGGGGUGCUCCGCAACCCCCAAAGGCCACACCCUCUACCUCUUCCACUGGAAUUGGUAAGUAG